CUGAAAUCUGUAAUUUUUUGAAAAAUAGAACAAAAAAUUAUCUUUUUGUUUUUUGUUCCUUUUAAACAUUUUAAAAAGUUAAAAUUUUGUUGAGAAAAUCUAAUUCAGCAAUACAUUACCGGUGAAUUAUGUCCAGAUUAUUCUUUUAGGAUCUCAACAAUUCUAAGUCAGUCUCAAACAGAUAAGGAUGCAAAAGAGACGUGAAAACCAAAAAUGGGUUUCUCAUAAUAAAGUACUAAUUGGAAGUGGAGAUGGAGUGAAUAAGAAACCUCAUGCUAGAAAUCCAAAUUUUGACAGUGAAGAAACUAAACUACUUAUUCAGUUAUGGGGGAAUAAAGAUGUGCAGCGUCAACUUAUAACGGUUCACAAGAAACAUCCCGUUAUUUCAAAAAUUGCAGAAAAAAUGAGAGUUUAUGGAUAUAAUCGAUCCACAGAAGAAAUUAACACUAGAAUUAAAAAUCUAAAGUGUUUAUACAAUAGGAUCAAAAAAGAUUUAGAUUCAGGCUUGCUAAACGAGCCUUCGUGGAAACAUUUUCAAAGUAUGGAUGAAAUACUUAGUAGACCGGUUUUUGGAAAUAGCUCCUCUAAUAAGCAUCCUUUAACUAACAAGAUUAUAAUUUCUCCCUCAAGUACGAGUACAAACCUUAAAUCCGAAGAUCAACAUCUAUCUUUAUAUCAUUUUAAAGAGGAAGAAAUGUCAGAUGACGAUGAAGAAGAAAGAAGUAGUAGUAUUGACUUAGAAGGAAACGAAUUAAGACCUGAAGACUUAUUAAGUGUAAUUGAAACUGAACAUGAACACAAUGUUCAAAUUAAGGAAGAACCAAUGGAUGAUAGUAUUACUAUAAUUAAAACUAAGACUAAUGAAAAACCUGAUGCAGAUUCUUCCACUGAUCUUUCAUUGCAAAAUGACGACGAGCAGAAACAAAUUAAUUCUACAUCUUUCGCUUUACAUCUAAACAAAACCAAUAGUAUAACGAAUUAUGCAAAUGAAGCUUUAAGCAUUACCUCAGUACAUGGAAACAAUGCUAUUGGACAAGAAACAACAUCAAAUUUAUCAAAUCAAUCGUCAAGUAAAAUAAGUUUAGUUCCAACACAGCUUUUGUUAAAAUCUCAAGGAACAUUAAGUGGUUUUAAAUCAACUUCACAUGUUGUUGUUCCUACUUCCGUAAAUAAUAAUCCUCAAACCCAAAGUUCAUCAACAGUUCCUAUGAAAGUUGUAUUUGUAAACACUUUGAAUAGUAAUCACAAUGCUCAACAGUCAAUAGCAAAGCACCAAAUUUCGCUCAAUAAGUCACUUGCACAACUUCAUGCUCAAGGUUCAAACUCAACAUUUAUUUCAAAUAAAUUAAUUCAAAGUACUAGUCAGCCGCAACAACAAUUAACAAGUAAUCAGCUACUUACGUCCAAUUCAACAACAUCUAUAUCAUCGUCGACUACAAAGACAAAUUCUAAUAAUAUCAAUACUCAUCAGAAUCACCAUCACCAAUCGACUGGGAAAUCAAACAAAUCUUUACUAGGAAAUAGUAAAUUACCUGGUAAUAUGCAAUUAAAAAAUCAUUUGAUUAUAAUAUUUUAUUUAAAAUCUUAUUUAUUUCAGUAAUUCGAAACUUACUUACGAAUAUAGUCGAUAUUGAAAACCAAAGGCUAGAUAUAGAAAAGCAACGUUUUGAAUAUGAAAAAAAAGUUGGAAAUGAAAUUUUGUCGCUAAUUCGAUCGUUUGUUCAACAUUUACCACAUGAAAAGAGUGAACAAAUGACUGAUAACGAAAGCAAAGAAUAAUUGCUUUUAAAUAUUUAUUACCAGAAUGGGAAAUUAAUUGAGGUAUCAAAUUGUAUUUUAGGUAAAUAUUCUUACUUUUUAUAAAAGUAUGACGAUACAGUUUUAAUUAUUUUAUUGUAAAUUUGUAUAAAGAUAUUAAAGAAAGAAAAAAUGUGACAAAUUCAAAGCAAACUAUUGUAUCGGGUAGAAACCUAAUGCGGAUAUAUUCACACCGUACCCUCAAAAGUUUUGUUAAUAGGCAAAGCUUUGCUCAGCAUGUAUUUGAAAGUGUAAGCAAUGUAAAUCCUCAGCUAUGUUGCUUUAUUUCCUCACAAAAUGCGAAAAACUGAAUUUUCAAUCUGAGCAAAAACAAAACAUUCACACGUGAAUACGGUGUGAAUAUAAAAAAAAAAUAGUCUGGAUUAAAAUGAUCUAGGAGCAUUUGAAGUAUUUGAAGUAGACAACAUAAUUAAUACACAUGUGAGGAAGAAAAUUCAAUAAAACUCCGCCAAAUUAUCAAUUAUACCAAAAAUUUAAAAUGUUUGUAAGAAUAAAUUAAAAUAAUAAAAAGUAGCAUAGGUGUAAAAUAAAC